GGAGGGGAGUAGCCUAUGGAUAUUGCAGACGAAAGUAGGAAUGGGAGAAUAAGGGUAGGUCGUAAUAACCCUCCUCGUUGGAAGAAGCAGUUGCUGACACCACUCCACACUGGCCUCACUUCACUCAGUGAAGUCCAGAGAAGAAAAGAGGAGUGGUUGCAAGGAUCAUGGGUUGAGCUGCACUUCAGCAGUAAUGGCAAUGGUGGAGCAGCACUGAAUGGAGGACAAGAGCAGGUUCCAGCUUCCAUUUCAAUUUACAAUGGAGACAUGGAGAAAAUACUUCUCGAUGCACAGCAUGAAUCUGGCAGGAGCAGCUCUAGGGGAAGUUCACACAGUAGCAGUCCUCGACCACAAACACCUCAGCACAGUGCCAGAAGUUCAGAACCUGAAGUACACAGCAAUGGAGAAAAGAGCAGCUCACAGUCUGAAGAAGAUUUUCUGGAAAGAAAAAAUGAAGUAGAAAAUAUCUUGAAGAAAAACGCUGACUGGAUUUGGGAUUGGUCAAGUAGACCAGAAAAUAAUCCACCAAAAGAAUUUCUGUUUAAACACCCAAAACGUACAGCCAGUCUUAGCAUGAGAAAUACCAGUGUUAUGAAAAAAGGAGGCAUCUUUUCAGCAGAGUUUUUAAAGGUGUUCCUUCCUUCACUAAUCCUUUCUCAUUUACUUGCUGUGGGUCUAGGGAUUUAUAUUGGGAAACGUUUAACAGCCUCAAGCAGUACCUUUUAGGUACAACAAAGUCAUAGUGCAUGCGGGCUGGUAGAUCUUUGUCAUGCACCAUUGGAACUUUCAAGAUUCUCUGAAUGUAUCACUGCUGAGGAGUAUCUGACUGUGACAUCUUCUGAGCUUUGUUGCAUGCUACUCAGUAGAUCAUUUUUAUUUUUUGUUUCUUCUCAGCAAUGAAUGUCCUCCAUAUUUUGCUGUGUUGUGCCAAAGAGAAGUUAAUUUGCUAGCCAAAUGAUUAAACUGCUGAUUAUAAAUUAGAAAUGAUUCUAUGCAGUUUGUAGGGAAUGCACAUUUUACUUAGAGUUAAGUAGUUAUGUUGAAAAAGACAAAUAACAUUUAUUUUAUUUUCACUUGAUUAAGAGAUGUCAGUGGUAAGUUGUAGUAUAUAUGGUAAUGAGAAAUGUAGCAAAUGGCAAACAUGUAUUUGUUCAAGGGAGUAAUGCACAUCCGAGACUAAUGUUGGUCAAAGCUGCAGUAAUGUUUGGAAACAUGGGAUAGGAAACAAUCCUGAUCUGUAAUCUUUAGUUGCCAUUGAUAUGGCUGAAGCUUUUGUAUGCGGGGUAUACAACUUUAUGUUUAAUCAAUGUAUGCAAAACUUGAUGCCUAAAACAGAUUAGGUAAAACAAAUAAGGAAGAAAAAGAGAUGUAAAAAUGUGCAUUGAUAUUUACUGCCAAUUGCAAAAUACAAAGUUAGACCCUUGCUGUGUUGCAUUUUUCUUAUAAAAAAAAAUUAAGGUCUUACACAAUUUAGAAUUAAAAUAGAGGACACAUUUUCAUUUAUUUUGGAGCAUACUGAGCUUCGUAGUCUGUAAUUCAGAGAGCAUCCUCAAAACUUGACUUCUUUAAGAGGAUUAAGGCUUAUUAUUUCAAUAAAACCCACUCUGAAAAAUCA